AUGUCUGAACCAGAUGUAUCGGAGACGACGAUGGUGGAGGAGACUCAGGAAAGUGGGCCGGUCAACGGACAGCCCUUGCUCGUAACCCUGAAGAAAGGCUGGACCAAAGGGGUUUGCACAAAGUUUCUCAAGGCUCGUCUCAAUGAUUAUAAGGCUGGUGUCCUCAUGUCGAAUGAGGGGGCUAACUCUGUGCUUGACAACAUUGUCAAUCAAUGGUUUAAAACUUUCCACUGGUCUGUUCCCAUACCCAAAUGCGGUAAAGACAAUGAAACCACCCCUCCUUUCCCUCUAUUUCCUACAACAUCUGAUGGCUUCAAAAUCCUAUCACCAGCUGACAGCGCUCUGAAAGGCAAAGUUAUUGAGCAUAUGAGGAGAGAGGGCUAUACACGUCGAAAUGGGAAUGUUUUCCUGGUUGACUAUAUGCGUGACGAGAGUUCUUGUUUGCGUAAGGAACGUAAAAUCACAAGGCAUCGCACGUACUCGCGUGCUGCCUGA